AAGGCACACCAGAGUGCAGAGAUGGUUGAGGACGUGGAGGUGUGGAAGCAAGUGUUCCAGGAGUUAAUGCAGGAGGUGAAGCCGUGGCACACUUGGACCCUGACACUAGACAAGGGCCUUCUUCCCAACGUCCUGAAGCCAGGGCGGGCACAAUACCAGCAGUGGACCUUUGCCAGGUUUCAGUGCUCCUCUUGCUCUCGCAGCUGGGCCUCAGCUCAAGUUCAGGUCUUCUUCCACAUGCACUGGAGCAAGGAAGAGUCCAAGGGCCAGGUGAAGAUGAGGGUCUUUGCCCAGAGGUGUCAGAAGUGCUCCCAGCCUCCCUUUGAGGUUCCACAGUUCACACAAGAGAACAUCUCAAGGAUCCUGAACAACCUAGUGCUCCGAAUUCUGAAGAAAUGCUACAGAGAAGGAUUUAAGCCAGUAGAGGAAAUUCCUACCAUCAAGGACUUCUCUCUCGAAGGACCACAUGACAGUGACAACUGUGAGGCAUGUCUGCAGGGGUUUUGUGCUGGGCCUCCACAAGUUACGAAUCUCCUUGCUUCUAGGAGCUCAAGAGCAAACACUAGUUACCAGGAAGAGUCCUGGGCUGUCAGCAUGCACUGA